CUCUUUCUAAUUUAAUAAUUUCGCAUUUGAUAACAGUGAAAUUUCAUCAGCAAUAUUCAGUUCGACACAUACUUUCAACCGAUAAAUAAGAUAUUUGAAAACAGGAACAUAUUGUUUCUACGUCAACAUAAAGAUUUAAUGUUAUCAUUAGCUUACAGAAGAUCUUUGUCAUGUCAUAAUAUAAUUAAUAAAUGUUUUAAAUUUGUUUCAGAAGUCACCAUCAAGAAUGAAGCUGCUGCUUGUUGGAGUGAUUGGAGUGAUGGCCAUGCUUGGCGCAGCUACGAUGGUCUCUGCCAACUAUAAGAUGCCUAUGUAUAGGCCUAUGUACCAAGGAGGUUAUGGAUUCGGCGGCGGUGGAAUGGGAAUCGGCGGCGGCGGAGGAGGAUUCGGCGGCGGUGGAGGAGGAUUCGGCGGCCUUUUUCAGAUGAUUAUUUUCCUGUUUGUAUUCAUCCUACUCAUCCAAGUCUUGUUUGGUGCCGGUGGUGGUAUUGGUGGCGGAAUCGGCGGUAACAGAGGAGGAUACGUGAGCAAAGGUGGUGGAGGAAGUCACGGCGGAAACGGUUAUUAAACACAAAAGCACUUGUAGCGUUGGACCCUGGAUAAACAAGGAAGAACGGAUACCGACUAACGAGAUUGCCACAACAACGGGAUUACUGACAGUUGUUUUUUUAUGAUUGGUGGUGUCUUAUUGUUGUUAUUAUUAUUAAAUAAAUCUUGAAAAGAGA